AUGGCAUCCAUUUUGAUUAGAAGACCUUCUGGAUUCAUUGUUGGGCUUAUUCGUGGCAAAACAGGAAAGGUUUUAACUGGAAGACAUCUUUUCUCCUCAAGGAAUAUGGCUUCCAAAGAUAAAUUCACGAAUCGAAUUGCGAAAGAAGACGAUUACAAUGCAAUCGUUAAUUUUCUGAACGAGAACUUUGUCCCCUACGAGCCAACAUUAACUGCAUUAAAUUUUCGUCCAAACACACCAGGAAUGGAUCUCUUUUGGCAAUCCAUUGCUCAAUGCUUAAUAGAGCCUAUCAGCUUCAUAUCUUUGAAUAAACAAGAUGAGAUUGUUGGCUCUUGUCUAAGCAGUCGUUUUCAUCCUAUAUCAGAGUUGGACGACCGAUGGACGAAUCGAAAAGUGCUUCCAGCUGGAAUGUCUAACUUUGAUAUUGGUGUAGCGUACGUGUCGCAGCUUGAAGACGGCCUUGUGGAGUGCCUUGCAUCGAAGGAACAAUGUAACAACCCUAUGUUGCUGAAUGUCCUUUGUGUGGAUAGCAAGUUCAGAGGCCAUGGCCUGGGAAUCAAGUUGAUUGACCUGGCAUUUGAUAAUUCCCGUCAACGUGGCUACGACUGCAUCGUAUCACAGGCAACCGCAAAGGCAUCGCAGAUUCUGUUCAAGAGAACUGGCUUUGAUGUACUGAACGUGGUUAAACAUGAAGAUUUUGUAAACGAAAACGGUACUCGGCUGUUGAACUGCAAGGACGGCACGGACGAAGGGCAGCUGGUUUUCAAGAAACUUUGA